AUGUUGUCCCCAAGUCUUACUGAUGACAAGUUUGACGGCAUUGUUAAUCAGCUUUCACUACCAGAAAAGGUUGGCCUGCUCUCUGGAGCCGGUGCUUGUCGUACGUCUGGGUUGCAGAGGCUGAAUAUACCCAGCCUUAACACAUCAGAUGGCCCACAUGGCCUACGUGGUGGCGGCGGCCGCUUCUUCAAUCCCCCACCGGGGUACCAAUUGCCAUCUGCAACGGCAAUUGGGGCAACCUUUGAUGUCAACUUGAUGCAUCACCCUGUUCUCAGCGGGACCCUGGCACUGCAUUACAUCAAUGGCCUCCAAGAGCGCCAGGUUGCUGCCUGUAUCAAGCACUACGCAGCACACGACCAAUCCGCCAUGGCGACUGAAGAUGAUGUCCAUAUGACGGAACGAACGUUACGUGAAAUUCACCUUAUGCCGUUCCAAAUUGCAAUGAAGUCCCAGCCAUGGGCGUUUAUGGCAUCGUAUAAUCGCAUCAAUGGUCUUCAUGUGAGCGAGAGCCCAUUUAUGUUGACAGAGAUUCUCCGCAAGGAAUGGAAGUUUGAUGGCCUGGUCAUGAGUGACUGGUGGGGCACUUACAGCACUUCCGAGGCCGUCAACGCUGGCCUCGAUUUAGAAAUGCCCGGACCUGCCAUUUGGAGAGGCAAGCAGUUGGUUUCCGCAGUCGAAUGUCGGAAAGUGCCAAUGAAAGCGAUAGAUACUGCCGUUAGGAACGUACUAAAGCUUGUAGACAGAACCCACAACCCUACCGCUCCUAGAGAGAACGAAACUGGAGAUACAGAAGAAAGUCGAGCACUAACCCGAAAAGUGGCCGCCGAUGCCAUUGUCCUUCUAAAAAAUCAUAGACACAUCCUUCCACUGGCUAAAGAAUCAAUUCAGACAAUCGGCUUGAUUGGCGAACACUUUAAAAUACCAGCUACUUGCGGAGGGGGAAGCUCAGAAGUAGCCCCUUUCUACGUUAGUACACCAUUUGAUGCAAUCGUGGAAGCACUGGGUGCCGACAGGAUUCAGUACCAUGAUGGUUGUUAUUCCCGCAGAUGGACUCCAUUAAUAACAAGUGGCCUUACUAUUCCUAAAUCCCCAGAACCUGGUUUACUCCUUGAAUGGUUUGGAGAAGAUCCGACUAAAGUCAACGGCACUCCAUGCGUUCAUUCUACAACAACAUUAAGUACAUCUAUGUAUUUUAGCCAAAUGAUAUUGGAAUCUGUGCCAGAUACCCAUUUCAUUCGGAUCAAGACAAUUUUUGCACCAGAGGAGACCUGCAAAUAUCGCUUCGCUCUUAGUGUCUGUGGGAAGGCAAAGCUUAUCAUUAACGGAAGAGAAGUGGUUGAUCUAUGGACAGACCAUCCCAAAAAGACAGCCGACACCCCUUGUUUUAACAAGCUAUCAAUGGAAAGGCUGAUAGAUCUCGAUGUGGAAUUUGGCCAAAAGUAUGACAUCGUCAUUAUUAUGACAAAUGAGACCGACAAAGCACAUAUUGGACCUACUCCACCUGGUGGUGUUCGCCUUGGAGGGCAGAAAAUUCGAGAUGAGGACGAGGCCAUUAAUGAGGCCGUGGAUUUGGCACGAAAUGUUGACAUUCCAAUUGUGUUGGCCGGCUUGAGUUCUGAUUACGAAUAUGAGGCUUCCGAUCGUGCAAGUCUAAAACUGCCAGGUCGAAUGGAUGAAAUGAUACAGCGAGUUGCUGAAGCCAACCCAAAAACAAUUGUAAUCACUCAGGCCGGAAUGCCUUUUGAGAUGCCUUGGAUCGAGGCCACAGAUACUCUUGUACAUGCUUGGCUAGGCGGCCAGGAGACAGGACAUGCAAUUGCUGAUGUAUUAUUGGGGGCCGUCAAUCCGUCAGGGAGACUGUCAAUAACAUUUCCGAGGCGACUCGAAGACACCCCGACAUUCUUGAACUUUGGUAAAGCCGACCGUCACAUCGUCUAUGGUGAAGGUAUUUUUGUUGGACAUCGGUAUUAUGAGAUGAUUGACCGACCACCGCUCUUUUAUUUUGGAUAUGGCCUAUCAUACACUGAUUUUGAGUACUCGAACUUGAUUGUCCCAGAUGUAGUUUGCCCUAGGGUGGUUGGAGGGAUGAACGAUGUCGUUUUCAACAUUUCGGUAGACGUUACUAACGUGGGAACCUAUGACGGUUCAGAGGUCAUUCAGGUGUACAUUACAGAUCUGGAGUGCUCAGUUCAACGGCCUAAAAAAGAAUUUAAGGCUUUCCAGAAGGUCUAUCUCGCCAAGGGGGAAAGGCGAACUUGCCAUUUUACCUUAGAUAAAUACGCGCUCUCCUUCUGGUCUGAGGAACAUUCCCAAUGGAUAACGGAAGCAGGUGAUUUUGUAGUAGUCAUUGCUACCAGCGCUGACCCUGCAGAUGAACUACUUCGAGUAUCUUUUACUGUAACAGAGACCUUCUUAUGGUCUGGCCUUUGA